AUGGAGGUUAGUGGCGAAGAGAAGCUUGAUUCGGAGUAUGAUAGAUUAAAUCUAGAUUUUCAAGCUGCUCUCAAUUUGGAAAGAGAGAAUUCGAGUGACGACGAAGUUAGGGAGGAUGAGGAUGAGGAUGAGGAACAAGAGGAGGAGUUCAGCUUUAUCAAUGGAGGAGAGCUGCCGUCGCCGGUGGCGGCGGAGGAUGCUUUUUCCGAAGGUCGGAUCAAAACGGUUUUCCCAUUGUUCAACCAGGGUUUUCUGUUGCCCGACGACGAUCCGAAUUCAUUAAUUGAAAAUUUGCCGAUCAGGCCGGCGGUGAAGGUUUUUGUCGAAACAAGCGAAGGGAGCAGCGGUACGGCGGCGUCGGCCGCCGGAGAAAGUGAAAUAAGCGGGCCGUACUGCGAGUGGUCGGAUCGGAAGGCGGUGGAGGCGUCGGAGCAGGGCUGCAGCAACUGCAAGAAGAGCAACUCCACCGGAUUCUCGAAAAUCUGGCGGCUCAAGGAAUUGAGGGGGAAGAGGUCCAACAGCGAUGGAAGAGAUGCGUUUGUUUUCUUGAACAGCACUCAGCCGCCGAAGAAGAAGGCGGAGGAAUCGCCGGCGGCGGCGGCGGCGAGAAGUAGUGAACGGAAAGAGAAGGGGAAAAGGACGACGGCGUUGUCAGCUCAUGAGGUGUACUUGAAGAGUAAGGCCAAAGCCGGGAAGGAGCGGCGGACGCCGACGUAUCUGCCGUACCGGCCGGAGUUAGUCGGCUUCUUCACCACCCUUAACGGUGGAUUGACCAAAAACGUGCAUCCCUUCUGA